AUGGAGAAAGGGAAACCGUCUUUUCCUAAUAAUGCCUUCCUCUACCACUCGUCUAACCCGACGAAUCCGUCUAACACCAGCCAUCCCAGUGACGUUGAUGACGCGUCCAUCACUGGUCAUUCCUUUGGUGCUGAGAAUGCGAUUUACGACGCAGACGCAGCCCCAGGUUCUAACGAGGAGGCACCUCCCGCUUAUCUUGAACUUGAAAUUGAAGGUGGCAAUGUCUCUGCAGAGGUGAUGCGAAAUGGCAGAGUCAGUAUACUCGUCAAUUCCUCCGCGAGGAUUCCAGGCCGUGCCCAAUCAUUAGACCAGGCACAGAGCCAAUUGAUUGGAGCAAGCCCUCCUAAUUACGCAGACUUUAAAUAUCCCCUCCUCAAUAUCGUGAUUCAAGUUGUUGGCAGUCGCGGAGAUGUCCAGCCUUUCGUGGCUUUGGGGAAAGAACUCCAGCGCGCUGGUCACAAAAUCCGACUUGCAACUCAUGGUGUCUUUGAAUCUUUUGUCAGAGAAGCUGGCUUAGACUUCUUUUCUAUCGGUGGUGAUCCAGAAGAGUUGAUGGCAUAUAUGGUUAACAAUCCAAGUAUAAUCCCAAAUUUUGUAUCCAUCCGUGAUGGAGAGCUAUCUAAGAAGCGGAAGAUGGUGUUAGAAAUGCUCGAGGGUUGCUGGAGGUCUUGCAUAGAGCCUGACCCGAAAACGAAUAGGCCAUUUGUUGCCCAAGCUAUUAUAGCCAACCCUCCGAGCUUCGCACACAUCCAUUGUGCGCAAGCGCUGGGGAUCCCCGUGCAUCUAAUGUUUACCAUGCCGUGGACUGCAACAAGAGCAUUCCCGCAUCCUUUGGCGAAUAUACAGACAUCCUCGAUAACGGACGAAGGAACGAGCAAUUUCAUGUCGUAUGGCCUGGUAGAGUUGAUGACAUGGCAAGGAUUGGCAGACAUAAUCAACCUAUGGAGAAAUACUUCGCUGAGUUUGGAACCAGUAAGAGCUAUGAUGGGGGCAGGGCUGGCUGACUAUUUACGCGUGCCUUUCACUUACUUCUGGUCGCCGUCACUUAUCCCUAAACCAGAUGACUGGCCUUCAUAUGUCGAUGUCUGUGGAUUUUCCUUCCGAGGCGUUCCUGAAUUUUCGCCAUCACCUGAGCUAAUGAGAUUCUUGGAGAAUGGGCCGACGCCAAUAUAUGUUGGAUUUGGAAGCAUCGUUAUGAAAAGCCCGCAGCAGAUGACGGAAACAAUAUUAGGUGCUGUUAGAAUGGCUGGUAUAAGAGCUAUCGUAUCAAAAGGGUGGAGCAAGCUUGGGGUUGGGGUACAGGAUCCUAAUGUGUUCUUCCUGGAUGACUGCCCUCAUGAAUGGCUCUUUAAACGUGUUGCAGCAGUGGUUCACCACGGUGGAGCUGGAACCACAGCAUGCGGGCUUCUCAACGGUCGGCCGACUGCUAUUGUGCCCUUCUUCGGCGACCAACCUUUCUGGGGCAGCAUGGUUGCAGCUGCUGGAGCAGGUCCACGUCCAGUCGAUCACAAACUUCUGGACAUCACCUCUCUAGCUUCGGCAAUUCGUUUUUGUCUCACACCGAAUGCAUCGAGAGCCGCACAAAGUCUUGCAGAAAAGAUGUCAAGGGAAUGCGGCGUUAAAGAAGCUGUCAACUCAUUCCACCGAAACCUUCCAAUGGAGAAAAUGAAGUGUGAUAUUCUUCCGAGAAAAGCGGCUGUUUGGCGAUACGACCUGGGAAAUAAGCAACUGAAACUCUCAGAUGAAGCAGCAUUCAUCCUUAUGGGGGCAAAGAAAUUGGAGAUGAACAAAAUCAAACCAUACCAGCCCAAGCCCAUCGAGAUCGAGAACAAGCGGUGGGAUCCUCUCACUGCGGGCACAUCUACGCUGGUUGAUACGCUAAUUGAUCUCAAAAAUGAUGGGAAGAGCAUGUUUUCUCAGCCGUACAGGGAGCUUCAAAAGGCCAAUACUCUGCGAAAGGAGAAUAGCGGCUUGGGACCCAGUGGUGCUGCGGCUGCAAGUUUCGCCGCGGGGAAAGGACUAGGUAAGAUGUCAGGCGGCUUAGCAAAAGGCAUAAUUCUUGAUUUGCCAGUAGCAAUGGCAGAUGGCUUUCACGCUAUACCAGUUUUAUAUGGAGAUAAGCCUAUGCGCCGUGGGGUGGUGACAGAUUGGAAGACCGGGGCUCUGGCUGGUGGGAAGAGUCUUGCUCGUGGAUUCUAUCAUGGGUUUACGGGGCUUAUCACAGAUCCAGCUAAGGGAGCAAUAGAGAAUGGGGCAGCCGGGUUUGCCAAGGGGGUUGUCACCGGAUCACUAGGUGUUCUUUUUAAACCUGGAGCAGCGAUGCUUGGUUUCGUUGGCUACCCUCUGCUGGGCGCGUAUAAGAGCAUAGGCGCGAUGAACGCAACGCCGGCGGAAAGCAAGAUCUUGCUUGCGAAACAGAUUCAAGGAUCUGAAGUUGGGAGAAAUGUUUGGCACGACCGGGCGAAAAUCCAACUUGUGCUUCACGAGUUCGACGAGGCCGUGACGAUGAGGAGUUUGAGAAAUUUCGCAAACUCCAUCGCAAGCCAGCAACUUUAA